UGUUGAUUGCCUCCGGCUGCCGCGUCAAACCGCGUUGCGCCGCGACAUCCACCGGUUCGUCGACGCCACCCGUCGCGUCCGACCAAGCGCUCGACACCCGCUCCCUCGCGCCGCCCGCGCCGCCGCGUCAACCGCGAAAAAAAACGCCAUGGCGCGCCUCGCGGUCUUCGCCGCGACGGUCGGCGCUGCGUGCGCCCUGCGCGGCCCCGCGCCGCUCCGCAUGUCCAUCGCGCAGCCGCCCGGCGCGUCGACGACGUCCCCCUGGAGCCCGAGCUCCUGGCGGAACUUCGAGGCGAAGCAGAUCCCGACGUACCCCGACGCGGCGAAGCUCGCGGCGGCGGAGAAGGAGCUCGCCGGCUGCGCGCCGCUCGUCUUCGCGGGCGAGGUGCGGACGCUCCAGGAGGAGCUGGGCCGCGCGUGCAUGGGCGACGGCUUCGUGCUCUUCGGCGGCGACUGCGCCGAGUCCUUCGACGAGUUCUCCGUCGACCACGUGCGCGACACGUUCCGCGUCAUCCUCCAGAUGGCCCUCGUGAUGACCUACGGCGGCGCGCAGCCCGUGAUCAAGAUCGGCCGCAUGGCGGGCCAGUUCGCCAAGCCCCGGUCCAACCCCCAGGAGACCAUCGACGGCGUGACGCUGCCGUCGUACCAGGGCGACAACAUCAACUGUGAGACGCCGUUCACGGCCGAGGCGCGCGCCGCGGACCCGGACCGCAUGGUCAAGGCCUACCACCAGUGCUCCCAGACGCUCAACAUCCUCCGGGCCUUCUCCAGCGGCGGCUACGCGGACAUCAGCCGCCUCCACAACUGGAACCUCGACUUUGUGGAGCAGACGAACCCGGGGUCGCGGUACCGGUCCUUCGCGGCGCAGGUCGACGAGUCGCUGCGCUUCAUGCGCGCCAUCGGCGUCGACACGCGGUCGUCGACCUUCUCCCAGACGUCCUUCUACACGGCCCACGAGUGCCUCCUCCUCCCCUACGAGGAGGCGCUCACGCGGCAGGACUCGACGACGGGCCGCUUCUACGACUGCAGCGCCCAUCUGCUCUGGGUGGGCGAGCGCACGCGGCAGCCCGAGUUCGCGCACUUCGAGUUCAUCCGGGGCAUCCAGAACCCCGUGGGCGUCAAGAUCUCCGACAAGGCGACGCCCGAGGACGUCAUCAAGAUCCUCGACACGUUCAACCCGAAGAACAUCCCCGGCAAGGUCACGCUCAUCACGCGCAUGAACGCGAAGAACCUGCGCGAGAAGCUGCCGCCGCUGAUCCGCGCGGUGCAGGCCCAGGGCCGCGCCGCGCUCUGGGUCUCGGACCCCGUGCACGGCAACGGCUACACGUCGGAGAACGGCUUCAAGACGCGCAACUUCGACGACAUCCGCGCGGAGAUCGACGCCUUCUUCGACGUCCACGCGCAGCUCGGCACUCACGCGGGCGGUGUCCACCUCGAGAUGACGGGCAAGGACGUCACGGAGUGCCUCGGCGGCGACACGAACGCCGUCACCAUGGACGGCGGCCACGGCCUCAGCACGAAGUACCUCACGCACUGCGACCCGCGGCUCAACUCCAUGCAGAGCCUCGAGCUCGCCUUCACCAUGGCCGAGCGCCUCCGCGAGCAGACGGGCCUCCCGAGCCUCCAGCUCUAGCCGCGCCCCAAGCAGCGCCGGCGGCCGCGCCCCUAAACGAAGGACACCCUGGCCAG